AUGCUGCAGUCGCUGGCCGGCAGCUCGUGCGUGCGGCUGGUGGAGAGGCACCGCUCCGCCUGGUGCUUCGGCUUGCUGGUGCUCGGCUACUUGCUCUACCUGGUCUUCGGCGCCGUGGUCUUCUCGUCGGUGGAGCUGCCUUACGAAGACCUGCUGCGCCAGGAGCUGCGCAAACUGAAGCGGAGCUUCGUGGAGGAGCACAAGUGCCUGUCGGAAGCGCAGCUCGAGAGCUUCUUGGCGCGCGUCCUGGAGGCCAGCAACUACGGCGUGUCGGUGCUGAGCAACGCCUCCGCCAACUGGAACUGGGACUUCACCUCGUCCCUCUUCUUCGCCAGCACGGUGCUCUCCACCACGGGUUAUGGUCACACUGUGCCUUUGUCAGAUGGAGGAAAAGCGUUCUGUAUCAUCUACUCUGUCAUUGGAAUCCCUUUCACGCUUCUUUUCCUGACAGCAGUGGUGCAGCGCAUUAUAGUGUACGUCACCCGGAGGCCUGUGCUGUACUUCCACAUUCGCUGGGGUUUCUCAAAGCAGAUUGUUGCCAUCAUCCAUGCAGUGUUUCUGGGCUUCGUUACCAUUUCGUGCUUUUUCUUUAUCCCAGCAGCAGUAUUUUCUGUCCUUGAGGAUGACUGGAACUUCCUAGAAUCUUUUUACUUUUGCUUCAUUUCUCUGAGCACCAUUGGUCUUGGUGACUAUGUUCCAGGAGAAGGUUACAACCAGAAAUUCAGAGAGCUGUACAAAAUAGGAAUUACAUGUUACCUCUUGCUGGGCCUCAUUGCAAUGCUGGUUGUUCUAGAGACUUUCUGUGAACUUCAUGAGCUCAAAAAAUUUAGGAAAAUUUUCUAUGUGAAGAAGGACAAGGAAGAGGAUCAAGUUCAUAUAGUAGAACAUGACCAGUUAUCUUUCUCUUCAAUUUCAGACCAGGCAGCAUCCAUGAAGGAAGAUCAGAAAGUAAAUGAACCUUUUGUGAGUCCUCAGCCUGCACUUAACUGUGAUGGCUCUAUAAACAAUUAA